UAACGUCUAGUUCAUCUGGUGGGAGUCGUGGACACUUUUUUUGCCCGCGAGGAUAUAUCGUGCGCAUUUUUUAAAUUCCUCAGGACUUUCGAAUAUACAAUUUUAUAAAUUGUUUGUGUUGUUCGGGACCGAUCCUCAGCGGAAUCUUCAAGAUUAUGAAGACGGACGACAAAAAUACAGUGGCGAAAGUCCGCCUGGCCGUCAUCGGAAAAUCACACGUGGGAAAAUCAGCCCUCACAGUUAGAUAUUUGACAAGGAGAUAUAUUGGAGAAUAUAGAAGUAAUACUGACCUUCUCUACAGGCAAACGCUGACGGUAAACAGCAUCCCCUUGGAGGUAGAAGUGGUGGACGUAUGCAGUUGUGAAUUAUCCCUCUUCCCCGAGGAAGCUAUAUACUGGGCGGAUGCUUGUGUCGUUGUUUACGAUAUCACCUGUAGGGAUUCCCUCACGCACGCCGCUGAACUUUUGCAGAGAGUAGCGCAGCUUAGGAGUCAGAUGCCCAUCGUUUUGCUUGGAAAUAAAUGCGACUUGGAACAUUUGAGACAAGUCGAAGAAGUGGAAGGCCGAACGGUCGCAAUCCAGAACAACUGUCAAUUUCACGAGGUGUCAGUGUCCGAAAACAGCAGAGCCAUCUACACGUCCAUAGAUUCUAUCCUGAACGAAUGUCGGUCGGUACAGUCCACCCAAAAACCGAGAAAAUUCUCCGUCUCCAAAAUGAUAGGUACGCUAAUAGGAAGUGCCAACGGCAAGGUUGCGCCCAACACGAAUCAGGGUGGCACGGUGGUCGUGUGCCACAAGUCUGAUCUGUACAAGUCCAGGAUCCUCAGGAGGAGGCAGAAUUUCACGGCCACAGCGUCGCUCUGACUAUUGGACGGGCAGGACAGCACUGCUCGCUAGUUUUCUACAAAAAAUUGUGAUGCGACCAUAGAGUUGUAUCGUUGGUAAUGUUGGCCUUCCCAGUUUUAUGGGAAGUUGGCGGAAGGAAUUUCCGUGUUGAGCUCAAAAGGAAGUCGAAUUUUGUAGACGAUUUGUCCAAUUGAUUUUAGAUAUUUUCCAAUAUUUUUGUUGUUCCAAUUGUUUGUGGUCCUCUAUGAACGGACAGAAUCCGGAUAUAACUCGGAGAGAGAGAUAAAUUGCCACUUGGCGAAUGUUCAGAAAAGUUUUGCAGUGAUUUUGUAGAUUCAUGAAAGAUUAACUUGAUAGUUUGCAUCGAAUUUGAUAUAUGGAGGGUGCCCUUCAUAGAAUUUGAAUAAAACCACAAGCCACAGACCGAUAGGUGAAAAUUCUUCAAUAUUGGUCUGUGGUCUACGCUCCGGGGGACAGUUGGGAGUAAAGAUCUACUCUCCAUAGUCAAACCGAGCAUUAGAGUUUCAUCAUAGACUAAUAUUUCUAUGAGUCUAUGAGUUUCAUUCACAGAAUAUCAGCAAACAGUCGAUAUUUUAUCGGGAAAAAAAAGAAAUGAGUAAGUUUCGUUUAUCAAAGAUUAUAUAAUUUUGUUUGCAGCUAGGUUUCUGAAUGAAAAAAUCGACCCAAAUGAACAGAUUUUUUUUUGUGGAAACUCCUGUUUCACUUGCUUCU